AUGGUCCAAAUGAUAGGUCAUGUGACCAAUUGCACUUUCUUCCAUCAUCGCCACGGUGCUCUUCGUGUAAAUAACGGUCUCGAUUCGAUUCAGGCCGAAUCAUAUCGCUCUCUCCCGGUUGAUUACGUCAUACGAUACAGUCGAUUUGUGGACAACACAGGACCCAAUGUUGUAGAUCUCAGAUUGACAGAGUUAUCAGAAAGACAACGUCUUCAGCUUGCGUACAAUGUAUUUAGUGGAAAUCGCGUGAAACGCACGUUACCCUGGUUGCAUCCUCGUUCCGCAAUGCCUGCUGUGAUUGUGGUUGGUUCAUCUCAAGUGGCGGUGGUCAGAAACGACUUGUGGAAUCCCGGAUCGGACUACGAAAUAGCCAGUCACUUGUCUGCGUCGGACAAGCAUAUCAACACAACGCUCAACUUUUGGGGUGAUCUGUUCGCCUGGAACAGUACUGAAUGGGGUGCCGUGCAUCGAGCUGUGAGCAAGCGUAUUUUCGAUCAGAAUCACCGGUACACUUUGGCACGAUGUGAUUACUACCCAGUGUUGAAAGAUCCCGACUUGGCCAGUCAGUUUGCUACAACCGGAGAACCUCCGUUUGUGCCUGGUUUUAUCGCACUCGAUUCCCGUACCGGGAUGAUUGAACUUGGUGGCCGUUUAGCCGUGGAACGGGGAAGACAGGUUACGCUGGAACCCCUGUUUGGUGAAGUGAAUUUCUAUCACGUGACCAAAGAUAUUUUUAUCCCGCCGGGGGGAAUUCUUACUAUCAAGCCAGGAGUUCGAAUGUAUUUUGAUAAUGGAGUAGGAUUGUUUUCACAGGGUGAAUUGAGACUACAGGGUUCUGCAUCAUUGCCUAUUACCCUGGAUCUGUUUCGGCCAGCCAAUUCAGAAGUUCAGUGGCCUGAUUUUCCAAGUUUCAUGAACGGCACCGACGAUCCAAUGAUAAAGUUAUCGAAUCAGACAACGAUUCGCCUAGUGGGAGGGAGCUGGCUAGCAGACACAUACACAGGGCGAGUUGAAGUGCGCCCUUCCCAAACGGAAGAUGGUAUAAACACAAGGAGGUCGAUUCCCAUGAACACAUCAUUGUGGGGUACGGUAUGCGAGAAGGGUUUCACGGAAUAUGCUGCUAUGCUUGUCUGUUCUGCGAUCGGUUUGGUCGCACAUCCAAAGAACUGGUACCCUAAAUCCAGUGUCCGACAAUCCAUUCGUGAAUCCGCAGACCGUUGGUUCAACUCAUCCGAGGCACCGAUUCACAUAGCGAACUUGAAAUGUCACGGAUAUGAGACCGAUCUGUUUGAAUGUCGCCACGAUGGACCGGAUGAGCAUAGCUGUACGCACCAAGAUGAUUUGGUCAUUCGCUGUCAUCGCCCGCGUUGGGCCGGAGUACGCGUGACCAUCUCGGACAUGGGUUCGCGGACCCCGGUGCAACAUGUGCGACUUCGAAGAGCUGGUCUGUUGGAUUACACACGUCUCAUUUUGAUGCCCGGCCUGCAGUUGGACUACCAUAGUGCAGCCGUUGAAAAUAUUGAGGUUCAGCAGUGUCUUUCCGAUGGAUUACUUGUCAUUCACGGUGAUCCUCUGCUCGGGAUCGCUGUUUCCAACAGCCGUUUUAUGGACAAUGCCGGAAGUGGAAUCCGAGUGCAAACUCCGUGGUUGACCAUGCGUCACUGUCAUCUAGCCGGUAAUCGCGGCCCCGCUGGUGUUUACUAUGAUCCAGCCAUUUCACCGGAACAAACUGCCCAGCUGUAUGCCGGACUAGUGUCCACUUUACCCUUGUUCGGUCCCAUAGAGCACCCGGAUAGACGAGUACUAACCCCGCUUAUGGAUGACUGGACCCUGGCGGUCAUUUAUCGGACUGAACUGGCUGCCGAUGACCGACAUCGAAUGCAUCAAAUCGUGCUACACUUGCUGGACUAUCCCGUUACCACAGCACCGACAAGCAACGCCCAAAGCAGUGGGUCCCCGAAAGCCACCAUAGGCCCGAGAGUCACACCCUCGUCAAUACUCUCGGGUCCAAGUUUUGGCUACACUCAGAAACAAAACCAGACGGACACCAUUGAGGAACUCAUCAUCUAUGAUUCAGCUCUAGCUGACUUAGAUCCACUACGUGUGUACUCAUGGCGUAUACCACGUGAUCUUACGCGUUUACCACUGAUAUCUUCGACUAAUCGAUUGACUCUGGAGUUCCGUGUACAAGGUAUUGCUUCCGGUCGUCUACUACUUGCUGCCCAGACGAAAGACUUCCAGCAUGCUCCGGAUUUACGUCAGUGGUCAAGCGCUGCAUCUCUGUCACAUCGUGCGCUAUUCGGAUUUGAACCGGAUACUCGGUACCCAUUAAUUCCAGAAUUUCGUAUGGAAGACUCGGUGGUCGAGGGAAAUCUUGAUGGUGUACGACUGGAACACUAUAAUAACCCGGUAGAUCAUGAAAACCGUCAGCUGAUACGACAUACGGCUGAAUUGUAUAGUUUGGUUAAUGUAUCAUUCAGUCAUAAUGCCCGCUCUGCUGUGCACAUUCGCUCGUGGACCAAAUUCGUUUACGAUUGGGAUUUAUUGUUUACUGAACCGACUCAUCUACAGUCGGUCGAACGAUUGUCUUUCAUCGGAUACAACCUAACAAAAUGCCGAUUCUGGCGCAAUCGUGGCACUGUUCUACAAUCCGAACAUGGACAACUGCCAUUCUCGAACAAUCUCUGGUCGUAUCGAGUAGACGGAUGCGUUGUAGAGCAAAAUGAACUGUCAAACGGAACCGACGAGGACGCCGCUCCCUUGCGCAACAGAUACGGUUUGCUUUUUCAGCUACCCCAUCUACAAAGUCGCUAUGAUUUGCCGUCACCCACCAGCGGGUUACACAAACUAGUCUUGGAGUCCAAUCUGUUUCGAGAUAAUUACCCAUUUCAAGUUGUGAUCGAUGGUUAUCAUACUCAGGUGGAUAUGAGUCGAAACGUGUUCCAAGAUAAUCUUUGCACCGUACGUUCAGAAGGCUCAAAUACUAGAUCCGGUUUGUUACGCACAGAUGGAAUGGAGAAGAGACUCACUUUGGUUGAUAAUCGAUUUGUUCGAAACAAAGAUUGCUCGUUUGUGGCGCACUUUCAAGGAUCUGGACAGAUUUCACAAUCGUGGACAGUAUUCAGUUAUGCGAAGCAGAAUGUUUUCCAAGAUAACCAAUGCACCAAUGAUGCGACUGUAGCCCAAGUACAAAAAAUGGAGUGGCCAUGGACUGCAGAUAAUAAUCACCAAAUUGGGAUGCGUUAUGAACUGAUAGCGUCCGUGCAUUCUAUUCAAUUGCCCAGUGUGUUCGAUGCUCGAGAGAACUUCUGGGGUUCGGUUGAUCCGAGCGAAAUCCGUUUGCGCAUAUUCCAUUUUGAGGAUUGGAAUUGUCUGUCUCAAGUGGAUGUGAAUCCCCCAUUGGCUAAUGAUCAGAUUCAUAAUCCCUCGACUCUGAAUAUCGAUUCAAAGCUACCUAACCCGUCAGAACUUGCUCGCCAUGGAGUCCUUGGUGGUCAGGUGACGGGAAAUUUGCAUUUGUCCUAUCGUACUGAGCCCUAUCGGUUUUGUUUUUCUCCUACUCAUCUUCACGAUUAUGUGUACGACAAGAUCAAAAAACAAUCCGUGAAUAUGAUUCGUGAAUUCUCAAAGAUCGGAAAACAUGACGGCCGUGCAGAUAUUUAG